AUGGAUGUUUUUUACUUUAAGGAGGAAAAGUUCGAAGAUGAACUUAAUUUAGAAACUCCUGACAAUAGCUUUGAUAAUUUAAAUGAAGAUAAUAACUAAGACAAUUAUUUGGAAGAAGAAAUAAGAGAAAUUAUAGAACACUCUUUAAAAGAUUCUUCAGAAAUCGACCAUGCUAGUGUUGAAAUACACAAUUUAAAAUGUAACGAUUUCAUAGAAUGGUUAGAAUAAGAAGAAGAAUAAGAAGAAAAUGAGGAAGAUGAAGAAUAAUGA